AUGAUACACCAACACCUAGAUAUUAUAAAUCAACAUCUAGAUUAUGACACACCAACAUCUAGAUAUGACACACCAACAUCUAGAUAUGAUACACCACCAUCUACAUAUGACACACCAACAUCUAGAUAUGAUACACCAACACCAAGAUAUGACACACCAACAUCUAGAUAUGAUACACCACCAUCUACAUAUGACACACCAACAUCUAGAUAUGAUACACCAACACCAAGAUAUGACACACCAACAUCUAGAUAUGAUACACCACCAUCUACAUAUGACACACCAACACCUAGAUAUGAUACACCAACACCUAGAUAUUAUAAAUCAACAUCUAGAUAUGACACACCAACAUCUAGAUAUGACACACCAACAACUAGAUAUGACACACAAACACCUAGAUAUGAUAAACCAACAUCUACAUAUGAUACACCAACAUCUACAUAUGAUACACCAACAUCUACAUAUGAUGUACCAACAUCUAGAUAUCAUACACUGACAUCUAGAUACGAUACACCAACACCUAGAUAUGAUACACCAACAUCUAGACAUGACACACCAACAUCUAGAUAUGAAACACCAAAAUCUAGAUAUGAUACAUCAACAUCUAGAUACGAUACAUCAACAUCUAGAUAUGAUACACUGAUAUCUAGAUAUGAUACACCAACAUCGAGAUAUGAUACAUCAACAUCUAGAUAUGAUACAUCAUCAUCUAGAUAUGAUACAUCAACACCUAGAUAUGAUACACCAACAUCUAGACAUGACACACCAACAUCUAGAUAUGAAACACCAAAAUCUAGAUAUGAUACAUCAACAUCUAGAUAUGAUACACUGAUAUCUAGAUAUGAUACACCAACACCUAGAUAUGAUACAUCAACAUCUAGAUAUGAUACAUCAUCAUCUAGAUAUGAUACAUCAACAUCUAGAUAUGAUACACCAACAUCUAGAUAUGAUACAUCAACUUCUAGAUAUGAUACACCAACAUCUAGAUAUGAUAAACUAACAUCUACAUAUGACACAACAACAUCUAGAUAUGAUACACCAACACCAAGAUAUGUCACACCAACAUCUAGAUAUGACACACCAACAUCUAGAUAUGACACACCAACAUCUAGAUAUGACACACCAACAUCUAGAUAUGACACACCAACAUCUACAUAUGAUGUACCAACAUCUACAUAUGACACAUCAACAUCUAGAUAUGACACACCAACAUCUAGAUAUGACACAUCAACAUCUAGAUAUGACACACCAACAUCUAGAUAUGACACACCAACAUCUAGAUAUGACACACCAACAUCUAGAUAUGACACACCAACAUCUAGAUAUGAUACACCAACAUCGAGAUAUGAUACACCAACAUCUACAUAUGAUGUACCAACAUCUACAUAUGACACACCAAAAUCUAGAUAUGAUAUACCAACAUCGAGAUAUGAUACACCAACAUCUACAUAUGACACACCAAAUUCUAGAUAUGAUAUACCAACAUCUAGAUAUGACACACCAAAAUCUAGAUAUGAUAUACCAACAUCGAGAUAUGAUACACCAACAUCUACAUAUGACACACCAAAAUCUAGAUAUGACACACCAACACCAAGAUAUGACACACCAACAUCUAGAUAUGACACACCAACAUCUAGAUAUGACACACCAACAUCUAGAUAUGACACACCAACAUCGAGAUAUGAUACACCAACAUCGAGAUAUGACACACCAACAUCUACAUAUGAUGUACCAACAUCUACAUAUGACACAUCAACAUCUAGAUAUGACACACCAACAUCUAGAUAUGACACACAAACAUCUAGAUAUGACACACCAACAUCUAGAUAUGAUGUACCAACAUCUACAUAUGACACACCAACAUCUACAUAUGACACACCAACAUCUAGAUAUGACACACCAACAUCUACAUAUGAUGUACCAACAUUUACAUAUGACACAUCAACAUCUAGAUAUUACACACCAACAUCUACAUAUGACACACCAACAUCUACAUAUGACACACCAAAAUCUAGAUAUGAUAUACCAACAUCUAGAUAUGAUACACCAACAUCUACAUAUGACACACCAACAUCUAGAUAUGAUAUACCAACAUCUAGAUAUGAUAUACCAACAUCUAGAUAUGAUACACCAACAUCUAGAUAUGACACACCAACAUCUAGAUAUGAUACACCAACAUCUACAUAUGACACACCAACAUCUAGAUAUGACACACCAACAUCUAGAUAUGAUACACCAACAUCUAGAUAUGACACACCAACAUCUACAUAUGACACAUCAACAUCUAGAUAUGACACACCAACAUCUAGAUAUGACACACCAACAUCUAGAUAUGACACACCAACAUCUAGAUAUGACACACCAACAUCUACAUAUGAUGUACCAACAUCUAGAUAUGACACACCAACAUCUAGAUAUGACACACCAACAUCUAGAUAUGACACACCAACAUCUACAUAUGACACACCAACAUCUAGUUAUGACACACCAAUGCCUAGAUAUGAUACACCAACAUCUACAUAUGAUACACCAACAUCUAGAUAUGACACACCAAAAUCUAGAUAUGAUAUACCAACAUCGAGAUAUGAUACACCAACAUCUACAUAUGACACACCAAAAUCUAGAUAUGAUAUACCAACAUCUAGAUAUGACACACCAAAAUCUAGAUAUGAUAUACCAACAUCGAGAUAUGAUACACCAACAUCUACAUAUGACACACCAAAAUCUAGAUAUGAUAUACCAACAUCUAGAUAUGAUACACCAACAUCUAGAUGUGAUACACCAACAUCUAUAUAUGAUACACCAACAUCUAGAUAUGACACACCAACAUCUAGAUAUGAUACACCAACAUCUAUAUAUGAUACACCAACAUCUAGAUAUGAUACACCAACAUCUACAUAUGAUGUACCAACAUCUGUACUUGAUAUGAAAGGACAGAAUGUUAAUGUUUUUAAUUUCUCAAACAUACAAUCAAAACUGGGUUCCACCUGA